AUGUCGACAACAAAGUUCACUAGGAGUGGAACACAGACGAAAACAUUUGUAGAACUGUUAUGCACCCCAUCUUUUGGAGGUGGAUUACAUGAAAUAUUUACUUUUUUCUCAGCAGUGCACAUUCUCCUCUCCAUCACAGCAUUCCUUACAAAUUCUCUCAUCAUUGUUGCCCUUCACAAGGAAUCUUCCCUCCACCGACCGUCCAAACUCUUGUACCGUUCUCUGGCAACAACUGACCUGUUGGUUGGUCUUGUUGCCCUCCCUCUCUAUGCUACUUAUUGGAUGUCCUUAGUUCAGGAACACUGGAGCCUUUGUCGAUACGCAUUUGACGCAGCCUAUAUCACGGGCUCUGCACUGUUUUUAACGUCUUUGAUGACGAUGACGGCCAUAAGCGUAGACAGACUUCUCGCCCUGUUGUUGGGUCUAAGGUACAAACAAAUCGUAACUUUGAAGCGCACAUAUAUCAUUGUAGCUACCAUCUGGAUUUUAUCUCUUGUCUCUUCUUUAUGCGCUUUACUUGAUGAUCGUAUAACUUUUUUGUACCGUCUCAUAACUAUACCUCUUUGCUUGGUUAUUUCACUCGCAUCAUAUACAAAGAUUUUUCGCACUCUCAGAUAUCAUCAGGUUCAGGCAGAAGAUCCCGUUCAACAACAGCCGAGCCAAUUAAAUUUACUGAACAUAGCUCAAUACAGAAAAGCAGUGUAUGGUGCACUGUGGGUGAAGUUAGCAUUAGUUGUUUGUUUUGCACCAUUAUUUAUCGUGGUAACCGUGAUUGCACACAGUAAAACACAUUCAUCGCAUUUGGUCAUCCUAAGGGGAAUAACCGUUGUCUUGGUAUACUUUAACUCGACGUUAAACCCGUUUCUUUACUGCUGGAAGAUAAGUGAAGUAAGACAAGCAGUAAAGCAGACAAUCAGACAAGCACUUUGCUGUCCAAGGAGUUAG